CCGUGUUACAUGUUAGGCUAUGUUUUUAUCAACGAGCGAGGGUGAAAAAACAACGAUAAUCUCUGGGGAAUAUAUGUUUCAUCAAAAUAAAGUUCUGCUGUUUUGAUAGCGCGCGUGCACCUGUUUGCCGCGGAAUGUCUCGACAAACAUGGCCCCGCCCUCCUACACUUGUCCUUUCAUUCUGAUUGGCUGAGCGAGCUGUCCGUCCAGCUCGAGCCCGCACCUGACUCUCUCUUCUCUACUCGAGAAUGUGGCGCAAAGACAACCUCCAAACAUCAGCUAUUCAUUCAACACUCAACAUCUCCCGCUUCAGUUUCCUGCAGAAGACCCAAGGUACGAUGCCAAGGUCUUUCUUGGUGAAGAAACACCUCACGAACAAGAAGCCUGACUAUGGAGUGUUGGGCUCAAAAAAACACGAGGUGAUUCAUAUCGAAUCCUCGAGCUCCAGACUCAAAGCGCUGCAUCCACAUGAGACUCUGCUUCUUGGGAACACAUUGAGCUCCAGUCUGCGGACGAUCCCGGUCAGUUCAGGGAUGUACGUGCCUCCUCAACACCCAACGGACGGCCCAGUUCUGGGUCUCACUUACCCCUUACCUGUGACGUCCAGUCCUCUUCCAGACAUACGGCCAAUGCUGGAGCGAACCGAGCCACGGCCAUUCCAGCUAUCCCAAAGAGACCUACAAGACGACGUGUCCGCUUUAGGACUGGCCCGCACCGGCAGCGCUGAUGAAUGUUAUGACUGCCAGAAAGCUUACCUGAGCUUCUCUAGUCUGACCGGCCCGAGGCAGGUCCACUGUCAGUGGCAGUGCCAAAAGUGCUUCAGCUGCAAGUACUGCGACAAGGAGUACGUGAGUCUCGGGGCGCUGAAGAUGCACAUCCGCACGCACACGCUGCCAUGUGUGUGUAAGCUGUGCGGAAAGGCCUUCUCCAGGCCCUGGCUGCUUCAGGGACACAUUCGCACACACACAGGUGAGAAGCCGUUCUCCUGUCCCCACUGCAGUCGUGCGUUCGCUGACCGCUCGAACCUCCGGGCGCAUCUACAAACCCACUCCGAGAUCAAGAAAUACCAGUGCAGAAGCUGCUUCAAAACCUUCUCCAGAAUAUCACUCCUGACCAAGCAUGAAGAGGCCGGGUGCUGCCCCAUGUCCUAAUAUUACCAGAGCCAAAGUUUGACAGAUCGUUCUGCUUGGACGGAUCAACAAGUACUCAAGAACGAGGAAUACUGACUGAUAUAUACUGUAUGCUCUUUGAAUGCAAUGCAAAACUAUAAAGCACAAUAUGCUGUGUGAGAGUGGCCUUACAAAUCUUCCAGUUGUUUUCAGUUGUUAUAUUUAGUACUUGUGAUGGUUUUUCAGGUUACGGUUUUGUAAUGGGGAAAUUUCUAAGCAAACAAUAAAAUAAUAUUUUUCUAAUAAUA